AUAAGCCCGAACAAAUUAAUUAAUUUGGCAAUUUUCAUGCUUUUGUUCGUCGUCUCUGGAGACAAGAUUUUAGUAGACACUUGCUCUUUCUUUGAUCUUACCUACUGUACUAUCAUAGUGCUGUCGAUAUAGCUAGAUUACUGUUGCUUUAAUGCCAGUGAACUUUAUACGUUCAUGUACCAGCUAUUUCACUCAAGACAGGUCCGAAGAAUGUGGGAGCUGUAGUUGUCCCUCUCAUGCCAGCGCACGCCACUGUUGGAUAAGACUACCCAGAAGGGUCUGUUCUGCUUGGCUGCUCGUGAAGUGAGUGCCUCGCCGAGAGUCAGCUCGUGUGGCUGCUCUGCUCCGGGUAGGGGAGGGAAACUGAUGCAUCACAGUAAGUAGGCUACGUCUUUAGUUAACAGUCGCGGGGAGAUCGGUGUUAAGCAAACUGCAAACUAUGAUAAUAGUAAAAUAAUGCGAUAGACCACUAUUUGAAUGUAUUUGGUCCGGGAUAGCUUAUUAACUUGCACUCUCGAGUGAGGGACGGAUAUUCAGGGACGGAUAGCCUAUUCAUAGAGCAUUCUCAGCCGCUGUCAGCAUCGCCACGAUUCAACAGUGAUGUCUGUGUACAGAAUUGUGUUAGGACUAUCGAAACACGGAUUAUUUAAAUGAAAUAGCCUCCAAAUUGCAGGGAUAAUUACGUUUACGCGCGAAGAACCAGAAAGGUACCAAAAGGAUUCCAUACAUUUGUGAUUGGAUGUGAGUCUACUUUGACCCCACAAAACUGAAGAUGACGUUGCUAUGGAAACUGCUGGUGCUGCAGUCACUCAUUGAGUGCCUCGCAGAGAGCCUGCUGCAGAGCCUGGCGUUCACCAAGCAGCCCGGCAGCAUCGUUUUCCCUGUGGAUUCCCAGGAGAGCAACAGGGAGGUGAUGUUCAGCUGCGAGGCCCAGGGAAGUCCGCCUCCUCUUUACCGGUGGAAACUGAAUGGCACUGCAAUCACUCCAAAAUCAGGCUCCCACUACAGCCUGUCUGGAGGCAACCUUAGGAUCAGCCAUUUGAACAAAGACCAGGACGCUGGAACAUAUCAGUGCCUCGCCUCCAACUCUUUUGGGACCAUUGUGAGCCGGGAGGCCAGUCUAACCUUUGCAUACUUGGAAAACUUCAAGACCCACCGAAGGAGCUCUGUAUCAGUUCGCGAGGGACAGGGGGUGGUGCUGCUGUGUGGUCCUCCGUCUCACUCUGGGGAUCUGACGUUCACCUGGAUUUUUAAUGAGUACCCCUCCUUUGUGAAGCAAGACACACGUCGCUUCAUCUCCCAGGAGACAGGUAAUCUGUACAUCGCUAAGGUGGAGCCUUCGGAUGUAGGCAACUACACCUGUGUGGUGACCAACACUGUCACCAAGACCAGGGUCCAAGGACCGCCUGCUCCUCUGGUGCUUCGCAGCGAUGGUAUAAUGGGCGAAUACGAGCCAAAAAUCGAAGUUCAGUUUCCAGAGAUUGUCCAUGUGGCCAAAGGAUCAACAGUGAAACUGGAAUGCUUUGCAUUAGGAAACCCUGUCCCCUCAAUAAACUGGAGGAGAGGGGACGGAAUCCCCUUUUCAAGGAAAGUGGAUGUGAGGAAAGCCAGCGGCGUCCUGGAAAUCCCAUAUUUCCAGCAGGAAGACGCGGGCACAUACGAAUGUGUGGCAGAGAACUCCAGAGGGAAGAACACUGUGAAAGGAAAGCUGUCUUUCUAUGCUCCUCCGCACCUGAUCGAGAAACCCCAGGGUGUGCAGAAAGCCAUUGACGACUCUCUGGUGUGGGAAUGCAAAGCCACCGGGAAGCCUAAACCCUCCUAUAGGUGGAUGAAGAAUGGAGAGAACCUGGAGCCCCUUGAGGAGCGCGUACAGGUCGCCAACGGGGCACUGUCAAUCAGCCGGCUGACGCUGUCCGAUAUCGGGAUGUACCAGUGUGUGGCGGGGAACAAACACGGGGAGGUCUACUCCAACGCCGAGCUCAGAGUCAUAGCUGUUGCCCCAGAUUUCUCCCAGAACCAGUUGAGGAGCCACAGCAUGGUGAAGGAAGGGGGAGAUGUGCUGAUAGAGUGCCAGCCCAAGAUGUCCCCCUGGGGGGUGAUCUCCUGGAGGAAGGGCAGCGAGGCUCUGCGAGAGAGCAACAGAGUUUCAAUUCUGGACAACGGAAACCUCCGGAUACAAAAUGCAACCAAAGCAGAUGCAGGCCUUUACACGUGUGUGGCAAGAAACCAAUUCGGAGUGGCGAGCAGCUCCGGUACUGUCAUGGUUAAAGAGCCCACCGUUAUAACCACGCCACCCUCCACCUUGGACGUGACCGUCGGAGAGAGCAUCGUGCUGCCGUGUCAGGUGAACCACGACCCGUCUCUGGAGCUCAAGUUCACUUGGUUCUUCAACGAGCAGCUGAUCCACUUUGGCAACCACGGCGGAUACUUUGAGAAAGUGGGCGGCCAGCAUUCAGCAGGUGACAUCAUGAUUCGCAACAUCCAGCUGAGACACGCUGGGAAAUACACCUGUGCAGUGCAGACCAAAGUGGACAGCAUCUCCAUCGCAGCAGACCUGGUGGUCCGAGGUCCCCCCGGCCCGCCCACGAGCAUCCAUGUAGAAGAAAUCAGUGACACCACAGCCUCUCUCUCCUGGAGGCCCGGGCCUGAUAAUCACAGUCCAAUUACCACAUACACCAUCCAGGCCAGGACUCCCUUCUCCCUGGGCUGGCAGGCUGUCACCACAGUUCCUGAAGUGGUGGGGGGCCGCCGUCUGACAGCUACAGUAAUAGACCUGAGCCCCUGGGUGGAGUACGAGUUCAGAGUCCUGGCAAGCAACGCCGUCGGGACCGGGGAGCCCAGCAGGCCGUCCAAACAAGCAAGGACGAAGGAGACAUCUCCGAAAGUCACACCGGCUAAUGUGAGCGGAGGUGGAGGCAGUCGCUCAGAAUUAGUCAUCACUUGGGAGCCGGUUCCGGAGGAGCUGCAGAACGGACCUGGGUUCGGCUACGUGGUGGCCUUCAGACCAUACGGCGCCACUGGCUGGAUGCAGGCCGCCGUGCCGUUACCGGAAGCCUCCCGUUACGUUUUCAAGAAUGAGAGCAUCCAGCCCUUCUCCCAGUUCCAGGCCAAGGUCGGGGUGUACAACAACGAAGGCGAGGGCCCCUUCGGGGAAGUCGUCACGGUCUAUUCCGCUGAGGAAGAGCCUGGCAGAGCGCCCACCAGGACCCGAGCCAGGAGCCUGUCAGCAUACGAUAUCGAGGUUUCGUGGAAAGCCUUGCCUUGGAACACCAGCCGGAGAAGGGUCUUAGGCUAUGAGCUGAGGUACUGGGAGAAGACGGCGCCAGAGGAAGCAGCCAGCGUGCAGAGGACGGUGGGCAACCAGACGUCAGCCAUAAUCCGCGGGGUGAAAGGCAGCAGCACGUACUACGUGUCGGUGAGAGCGUACAACACGGCCGGGGUCGGGCCUCCCAGUGCCACCGUCAACGUCACCACCAAGAAACCACCGCCCAGUCAGCCGCCGGUGAAGGUGAUGUGGAACACGUCGGACUCCAAGAUCAUCCUGAACUGGGAGCAGGUCAAAGCCCUGGAGAACGAGUCCGAGGUCACCGGCUACAGAGUGCUCUACAAAUGUAACAGACACAGCCGCCCUACUGUCAUGGAAACGAACACAACGUCGGUAGAACUGUCCCUACCCAUGGAUGAGGAAUACUUCAUCCAGAUCAAACCAUUUGGGGAGGGGGGAGAAGGAAGCAGCAGCAGGCAGAUUACCAUCCCCAGAAUAGCAGGUCCCAACGCAAUUGGCUCGGCAACCAAGGUCUCGACUUUAUCAGCCCUCAGUACAAUAGCACUUUCUUUCACAGCGCGGACAUCGUUAUGACAAACCGCUCCCAGCGAACAUUGCAUCUGAUGUGGAGCCAACUAAACGACGAAACACAAACACCAACCGCCCAGUCUGGUGUAACUAGAUCCAUUCAUUUAGAUUUUAGAGGCAGGAGGACGAGCCACGUCGGAAAACAGUCACAGAUGAGGAGGGAAUGGGCUUCGCUCCAGCGCCCGGCCCGCCCGCCCGCCAGAACAGGAAAUCGACCGAUGUCUUGACUCUGUUGUUACCAAAGCAGCUUUCAUAAAAAAAGAACAAAUGUCUUAUAUGCAUCUUUUGUCUAGCUUUUAUAGAUUUAUUUUUAAACCAAUGGGCUUUUCAUAAAAGGCAAGGUUGAGGGGAAUUCAGUGCAUGGCGCAAAUCUACAUACAGAUCUGACUGUUUUGUUUGAUUUAAAACUGCUCAAGUUUGUUGGAUAGGAUGUUUCCGUUGUCUGAAGUUAAUAGCAUUUCCUGGUUAAAAAUAAACCUGUAACUGUGGUCUCAUGUCAAACAAAUGCUGUUCAGUCAUCUUAUAAGCAUAUUCAUUACUCCCACCAACUGGACUGAUAUGAUGUGUACGUAUAUUUCUUCAUAAUUAGUUUUCU